CGGAAACAGCACCAGAAUUCGAACUAGGAGGGAAAAAGAGUGAGCAAUGUGGUCUGAGCAGUAGCUAUGGCGAACUUCUCAAGCCUUCUGCUCCAACUCCGUGAACGCAUAGCCAGGCCGCGGAACCAGGAAAACGACGAAGAUUUAGUGGUUCUCUUCCGCGGCGUUCUCCCCAAUCUCCUCCACACCUAUGUUGUCCCGUCCUCUUCCUCCGCAGACAAACAGAGAGAGGUCGUUGCCAUACUAAAACUCUCCGCACAUGUGGCCACCAACUACCCGGGAGUGUUUUAUCACGGCAACCCCGCAGCCGUGUUGCCGGUGAUUGGUCGCAUACUACCUUUCUUUGCCGAACCUGCAUUUCAGGAUCAACAUGGGGUGAUAUUUGAAACACUUGUAUCCUUGUUGUCGGUGCUUCGUGGUGGGGACCGAGAUGCAUAUCGCCAAUUUUUUAUGGAUGCAAUGUCAAUGGUUGAAGAUCUUGCAGAUGUGGCUUUAGUUAUAGACUGGAAAUGCAAUAAAGGAUCAAGGACAGUGUCCUUGAAGUGUUUCCGGGAAUCAUUUUCUCGAUUUUGGGAUGAUCCAUCAAUUUUCUGCAAUCUUCCUCGGUGCUGUAAAGCAGAUGAUAGUUGCAGCAUGCUGAUUGAUCUUACCGGGAAAGAAAGAUGUCAACCUUUUGCUUCUUUUGCUAUCAAGUUCCUUUCUCAAUGCUUAACUGAAGGAACUCUUUAUGUUGAAGGACUCUUGAAUACCUCUUUUGUCUGGGUAGUCUGCAAGCUUUUGUGCUCUGGAGAUACUGACCUGCACAUGGUAUGUUUUGACUUUUUACGCCUUGUUGGGACCUUGAGUUAUGAGAUGAUUCCUGCUGAAAGAUUAAUACAACUGAUUGCAUAUAUAUUACGCGAAGGCAAAGGACUUCCAGUCUUCAGAAACACCAUGUAUGAUUCAUCCAUGGGGGGAUGCCUUCACUUGUUACACUCCCAUUGUCCAGUUGAUGUUGUCAGGUCAACUGCUGUGGAUUUGAUAAAUGUCUUUCCCCAUUCAUUGCUUGAAACGAGAAGUCAAGAUCUCAAGAGUGCUCUCUGCAGUGCAUACUCUCGUAUUGUUGAAUAUUGUCCACCUCAUAUCUGGAGACCCGAAUAUCUUAUUGAUUUGCUUUACUCUUCAAGGCCCAUAAUCCCAUUAAUAGAGUGUUUUGAUGCUGCUUUAUCUAGACUGCAAUCUGAUUCUUGUGGAGGAAAAAUGACUAUUGAUGGUGCUACGUAUUUAUCAUGCUCAAACUCCAUUCGAUCUGAGAACCCAAAAGUUGGAGAUAAAAGACCUCAAAACAGCAGUGAGACACCCCUAGCAAAACUUCAAAAGGUUGAUGGUGAAUUUGUGGGUUCUGGCAUGAAAUGUGAUGAGUUAAAUAAGCUUGUAUGUGAAUCUACAUCGGCACGAGAGAAAGACUAUGCCGACCAAAUGCAUAGCUCGUUGAAGGUGUUUGUGCAACUUCUGGGACCUCCUAUAGAAGAUGUAAACUCAUUUUCACCAGAAGUUGCACUGACAGCUCUCAGCACACUCUGCAUUGUUUUCUGUAAAUACCCAUAUAACAUUCUCUUGCUUCAAGUAUUACAGCAUAUGUAUGAAUGGGUUCCUUGGAUACAUAAACAGGUGAGCCAAGGACUUCCAAUACCCAUUGAUUUGUCUAUAGUACUGGAAGCUGUUAACAACCUUUUGGUUCUAAAAGGCUCCUCUGUGGAUGAUACAUUUCUCAAGAGUUUGAGUGGUCUUCUAGAUAUCAUUCAACCAUUAUUAAGGCUUCCAUGGUCCAGUUCUGCAUCAAUUAUUUCCCUCCCACCAUGGAAGGCAAAGUGCCACUCACUGCAAGUACUGUCAAAGAUAGGACCACUGUUGCAAAAUGGAAAUGGUCUUGAAAUUUUGGAUUUGGGUCUUUCUGAUGAAAUGGAGGAAGUUAGAAGAGAGGCUGUCUUUUCCAUGCCAAUGAUAGUCAUGUGGUGCGGUUUUGGUUUACUAAUGCCUAUAUUCAAGAGAUUGGAGUGAGUACAACUAACAUUUAUUUUCAUUGGAUUAGCAUACAUAGUAAUACAGUAUGAUCCCUAGUUGACACAAAGACUGGACUGCAUGAUACUUUCUUUAAGAAGAAUCAAUAUGUAUGUUUUUUUUGUAAAGUGAGCCAGUUUGAUCAUAAGAAAUUAAUCAUGUAUUAUUGGAUCAGAGCAGAAUUAUUGGGAAAGAGAUGGAUGGACAAAUUAAGAGAGUCAUCCCCCAUACACUUGGUUGUUUGGCAUGCCUUUAUGGAUCUUAUGGUGCUAGUACUGCUCUAUGUGAAAGUAAAUGCAAAUUAUAUAUGCAGAAGAACAGAAUACAAGAUUUGAAAGUGGAUGGUCGUUUGAGAUUUUGGUGCUCAAAAUGUGACACAAAUGCAUUCAUUAAUGGAUGGAAUUCAGAACUUUUACACUUGGUCAACACUCAUGAUAUAGAAGAUAAUGCCACAGAUUGUGAUUAUAAUAAUUUGCAAUCCUUCUUCUUCCAAUUGCUCUAUGAUGAGUCACUGGAAGACACUCAAGUUGCUUGUGUUGAUUCGAUUCAGCGAAUUCUUCUCCACGUGUCCAAAAGUAUUCUGAUCACAACAAGGUGUGACUGGUUAAAGUGUAUUGAUUACCUACUCCUUCAUAGGAGAAAGGCUGUGAGAGAAGCAUUCUGUUCACAGAUCAGCUUUUUCCUCGAGGAACCGAUUCUGGACUGUUUGUUCUUGGAUGAGGCAUCCAACAAAGCCAAAGAACAAAAGUUCUUGGAAAAAUUAAAAGAUGCUCUAUCAGCAACUGAAGAUCCCUUGGGGUUAGAAACUCUUCUAGAAGCUGCAGCAAAUAUUAUGAAUGCAGUUGAUAUACAGAGCCAGGUCUUUUUCACCUCCCUAAUUUUGAUAGUUGAGAAGCUUGAUAAUCCUCACUUGGCAGUGAGGAUAAUAGCAGCAAGGUUGAUAAAAGGGUCUUGCUACUUCCAUCUUAAAGGAGGAUUUGAAUUGAUCCUUUCCAGAGUUCCUUGUCUCAGAAAUAGAUUGUAUGAUUAUCUGUCUUCAAGGCUUGUAAGCUCUCCAGAACUAGUGGAAGAGUUUGCAGUGGGUGUGCUUGAUGUUGGAACUCAAGUACUUGUGAAAAGGAUGGUUCCUUUUGUUCUUCCCAAGCUCAUUGUCACACACCGGGACAGUGAUAAAGUAGAUACAACCUUGGAAGCAUUAGCCAAGUGUUCAGAUGAAGAUUUGGUGCCCUUUGUUGUUAAUAGGCUUCCUAAAGUACUUGCUUAUGCUCUACAUCAAGCUGAUGGUCAAGAUUUAAUCUCAGUCCUUCGGUUCUACCAUGAGAAAACAAAUUCUGAUAACCAAGAGCUUUUCACUGCUACACUGCCCUUCCUCUUGGAUGAACUUGUGUGUUUUACUGAUGAAGAUGCCAGAGAAAUAAACAAAAGGUUGAGGAGGGUACCUGAGAUGAUAAAAGAAGUGGCAAGAAUUCUGACUGGAAAUGAAGAUCUUCCUGAAUUUUUGAAGAAUCAUUUUGCUGGUCUCCUUAAUAGCAUUUAUCGGAAAAUGCUUCAUGCAGAUGACAUAUCACUUCAGAGACAAGCUUUUAAACGGAUUGAGAUGCUUAUUGAUCUGAUGGGUUCACAUCUUAGCACUUACGUUCCAAAACUUAUGGUUCUUCUCAUGCAUGCUAUAGAUAAGGAACCACUCCAGGGUGAUGGCCUUUCUGUUAUCCAUUAUUUUGUGAAGCAACUAGCACCAUCUAGCACCAAACAUGUGAUUUCUCAAUUGUUUGCUGUUCUUGUUCCCUUCUUAGAAAGAGACAAAGAAAAACCAUCAUCACACACGCCUAAAGUCGUGGAGAUUUUGGAAGAACUUGUGAUCCAAAAUAGAGAAAUCCUAAAAGAACAUAUUCAUGAGUUCCCUCCAUUACCCAAUAUUCAUGCUCUUUCUAAAGUGACUAGCAUAAUACAAGAAGCGCGCGGCCCAGUGAACUUAAAGGAUCAAUUGCUAGACAUUGUUGAUGGGCUUAAUCAUGAAAAUCUGAAUGUGAGGUAUAUGGUGGCAUCUGAGUUGAGUAAACUGCUGAACCUAAGAAGGGAGGAUGUCAUGGCUGUAAUUACUAAAGAAGGCGAUCCAAUCACGGAUGUAAUGAGCUGCUUUAUUACAUCCUUACUUAAAGGGUGUGCAGAAGAAUCAAGAACUAUGGUUGGGCAGCGGCUGAAGCUGAUUUGUGCUGAUUGUCUCGGGGCACUAGGUGCUUUAGAUCCUGCAAAAAUCAAGGGAUUUUCAAACAUGCGCUUUAAAAUUGCAUGUUUGGACGAUGAUCUAAUUUUUGAGUUGAUCCACAAACAUCUAGCCAGAGCUUUCAGAGCUGCCCCAGACACUAUUGUUCAAGACUCAGCUGCUUUGGCUAUACAAGAACUUCUUGAGAUUGCAGGUUGUAAGGCAUCUCUUGACAAAAAUGUUUCAGCUUCCACAUCACAGAGAAUGUGCAAGCAACCUCUGAAGUCACUUGUAUCUAAUCCGAAAAGCCCUGGAAGUUGCAAUGAUUUAUAUGAAAGGGGUCAGAGAUUGUGGAACCGGUUCUCUGAUUAUGUCAAAGAGAUCAUAGCUCCUUGUUUGACUUCAAAAUAUGAGCUUCUUAACGUGUCAGAUUCAGCAUCUUCUGGUGCCAUUUAUCGCCCAUCUAUGUCAUUCAGAAGAUGGAUAUAUUUCUGGAUAAAAAAAUUGACUGUACAUACAACAGGUUCUCGGGCCAUCAUUUUCAAUGCAUGUCGUGGUAUAGUCCGUCAUGACAUGCAAAUUGCAAUGUAUCUUUUGCCGUAUUUAGUCUUGGAUGCUGUGUGCCAUGGAACUGAGGAGGCCCGCCAUGGUAUCACCGAAGAAAUUUUAGCUGUUCUUUGUGCAGCCGCAUCAGAGAAUAACAAUGCCGCUGUCCAUGGGGUCAGUUCAGGUCAUAAUGAAGUCUGCAUUCAGGCUGUUUUUACUCUCCUUGAUAAUCUUGGGCAAUGGGUUUAUGAUGUGGAAGAAGAUCUCGCUCUCUCUCAGUCGGUCCAGACACCCACUUCCAGGCAACAGGCUGAUAAACUGAAGGAGCAGAACAAUAUGGAGCAGAUGCUCAUGCAGUGUAAGCACGUUUCGGAGCUUUUGGCUGCAAUCCCUAAAGUGACCCUUGCUAGAGCAUCUUUUAGGUGUCAUGCUUACGCUAGGUCUUUGUUAUACUUCGAAUCUUAUGUCCGUGAGAAAUCAGGAUCUUUCAACCCAUCCUCUGAAAAGAGUGGCAUCUUUGAGGAUGAAGACAUUUCGUUCCUGAUGGAAAUUUAUAGUGGCUUGGAUGAACCGGAUGGCUUGUCCGGUUUUGCUUCAUUACGUAAGUCAAAGCUCUUGCAAGAUCAUUUUUUGAUAAACAAGAAAGCAGGAAACUGGGCAGAAGUUCUAACUUCAUGUGAGCAAGCUCUACAAAUGGAACCUACCCCUGUUCAGAGGCAUUCAGAUGUUCUUAACUGCCUGCUAAACAUGUACCAUUUGCAGGGCAUGAUUACUUACGUAACCGGACUAAUGAUGAGUGUUCCUGAGUACAAGAAAAUGUGGUGCAUGCGAGGUGUUCAGGCUGCAUGGAGGCUUGGAAGAUGGGACUUGAUGGAUGAGUAUCUCAGUGGGGCUGAUCAGGAUGGCCUUAUUUGCAGCAGCUCUGAGAGUAAUGCUUCUUUUGACAUGGAUGUUGCAAAAAUUCUUCAAGCAAUGAUGAAGAAUGAUCAAUUCUCUGUUGAUGAGAAAAUCGCAUUGGCCAAACAAGCUUUAAUUGGUCCUUUGGCUGCUGCAGGCAUGGACUCUUAUGCACGUGCAUACCCAUUCGUUGUGAAGCUUCACAUGCUGCGGGAGUUGGAGGAAUUUAACAUUCUUCUCAGAGGUGAAUCAUUCCUAGAAAAAUCAUUUCAUCUUGUUGAUCCGCACUUCCAAAAACUAAUGGAGAACUGGGAAAACCGACUCAAACUCACUCAACCAUCGAUCUGGACAAGGGAGCCACUAUUGGCUUUCCACAGGCUUGUUUUUUGUGCCAGCAGUGCCAAUGUUUCCGUUGGGAAUUGCUGGAUACAGUAUGCUAAGCUUUGCCGAUCUGCUGGUCAUUAUGAGACCGCAAACAGGGCAAUCUUAGAGGCCAGUGUUUUAGGUGCACCUAAUGUCAAUGUUGAAAAGGCAAAGCUUCUCUGGAGCACUAGACGAACCGAUGGUGCUAUAGCAGAACUCCAACAAACGCUUCUUAGUAUGCCUGUUGAAGUUGUUGGUUCUGCAGCAAUGUCAUCAAUCACUAGCCUUUCAUUAGUUCCCUUGAACUCUCCACCUCUACUCUCUAGUACACAGGCAUUAAAUGAGAACAUUGAGAAGAGGAAUGUUGCCAAAACUCUCCUCCUAUACACGAGGUGGAUACACUAUACUGGUCAGAAGAAGAAGGAAGAUGUUAUAAAUCUAUACUCUAGGGUUAAGGAACUCCAACCAUCGUGGGAAAAUGGUUACUUUUAUAUGGCAAAAUAUCGUGAUGAACUGCUUGUUGAUGCAAGGAAGAGACAGGAGGAUAAAGCGGAGCUCCUUUCCAGGGUAGGGCCAUCAAAUUUAAACCCCGUUUCUUCUCCGAGCUUGAAUGCCGAGAAAUCUUGGUGGUCUGAUCUCCCUGAGGUAUUGUUAUAUUAUGCUAAAGGCCUUCAUAGGGGCCAGAAAAAUCUUUUCCAAGCGCUUCCAAGAUUAUUGACUCUUUGGUUUGACUUUGGGUGCAUAUACCAUCAAAGUAGCACUGGCUCUUCCAGAGACAUGAAAACCAUCCAUGGAAAGGUUAUGACUGUCAUGCGAGGUUGUUUAAAGGAUUUGCCUCCUCAUCAAUGGUUGACUGUUUUGCCUCAACUUGUUUCUAGAAUUUGCCAUCAGAAUGAAGACACUGUUCGUUUGGUGAAGCACAUAAUUACUUCUGUUCUACAUCAGUAUCCCCAACAAGCUCUUUGGAUCAUGGCAACUGUCACCAAAUCAACAGUUCCUUCAAGGAGGGAUGCUGCUGCAGAGAUUAUUCAAGCUGCUAAAAGAAAAUCGACUGACAAGGGCAUGAACUCUUUGUUCACCCAAUUCGCUACCCUGAUUGAUCAUCUAAUCAGGCUGUGUUUUCAUGCUGGUCAACCAAAGGCAAAAACAAUCAACCUCUCAACUGAAUUUAGCGCUUUGAAGAGGAUGAUGCCACUGGAGAUCAUUAUGCCAACCCAACAAUCACUCACUGCAAACCUACCCUCAUAUCAUAUGCCAUCUGAUAGUGUUACAUUCUCUCUGUCAGAUCUUCCGACUAUAUCUGGAAUUAGUGACGAGGCUGAAAUACUGUCUUCACUUCAGCGUCCAAAGAAAAUCAUUCUUUUAGGAAGUGAUGGAAGUGAACGGCCAUUCCUUUGCAAACCAAAGGAUGACUUGAGGAAAGAUGCCCGCAUGAUGGAAUUCAAUGCAAUGGUUAACCGAUUGCUGUCUAAAAGUCCUGAGAGUCGGAGAAGGAAGCUUUACAUUCGCACAUUUGCAGUGAUCCCAUUAACAGAAGACUGUGGUAUGGUUGAAUGGGUCCCACAUACACGUGGUCUUCGACAGAUUCUUCAAGACAUAUAUUUAAGCUGUGGAAAGUUUGAUAGACAGAAAACAAAUCCUCAGAUUAAGCGCAUCUAUGACCAAUGCCAAGGAAAAAUACCUGAAGAUGAACUUUUGAAGAACAAAAUUCUUCCAAUGUUCCCUCCAGCUUUCCACAAAUGGUUUCUAAACACAUUUUCUGAACCGGCUGCUUGGUUUAGGGCUCGGGUAGCAUUUGCACACACUACUGCUGUUUGGUCAAUGGUUGGGCACAUAGUGGGGCUCGGAGAUCGUCAUGGUGAAAACAUUCUGUAUGAUUCUACAACAGGUGACUGUGUUCAUGUGGAUUUCAGUUGCUUAUUUGAUAAGGGCUUACUUUUGGAGAAACCUGAGCUUGUUCCUUUCAGGCUCACACAGAACAUGGUUGAUGGGCUGGGAAUAACAGGAUAUGAGGGGAUAUUCUUGAAAGUAUGUGAGAUAACACUUUCCGUAUUAAGAACACACAGGGAGACACUGAUGAGUGUCCUAGAGACUUUUGUCCAUGAUCCUCUUGUAGAAUGGACUAAAUCUCAUAAAUCCAGUGGGGUUGAGGUUCAAAAUCCUCAUGCACAGAGGGCAAUAAGUAACAUUGAAGCACGUUUGCAAGGCGUAGUUGUUGGUGUUGGAGCUGCACCUUCUUUGCCCCUAGCCGUAGAAGGACAAGCUCGCCGCUUGAUAGCUGAAGCAGUGUGUCACAAAAAUCUUGGGAAAAUGUACAUUUGGUGGAUGCCCUGGUUUUAAGGCUUACCAGUUCAGCAGCAGCAGGCACGACUGAAUUGCUCUAUCAACUUGCAAACAUUUAUAGCCCGUUAGCAGGGCAAUGAUGUCUGCUGCUAGCUUGGAAUUCCAACUGAACCAAGGGGCUUGUGACAUCGCCAGAUAUAACUGCAAGUAAGGUCGUAAUUAAAUGUAUCUAUUUUGAAUAACUCCGUAACAAUUAACUUUAAUAUAAAAUUAAUAUUAUAUAUGAAUCUUAUUUAUAAAUAAUUGCUAAUAUAUGAUUAUAAUCAUGGUGGAUGAAAAAAUGACGGUAAUUUUUA